GGGGGAGCGCAAGAGACGAAAAAAGACAUAACAAUACAUGCAAUAACUGUUCUUGCAGCCUCCCGAAACUGGGGAUUGCAGGUCUUUUUGCUGUUGGUGUCACUUAUUUGGAUUAAAAUUAAAACUAAGGUCCAUCUGCAGUGCAAUAGGAAGUGUGUACACACACACAACCCCACAGCUAUACAAACAAAAUCAGAACGCAUUAAAACGAACCUUGAGCAAAUCAGCCUUACCCACACAAACACGGACAAACACAUGUAUGCGCAUACCUAGACGCAAAAAGGAUUUUCCGUAAGGAAAAAGAAAGGAACCGUGUUACACAGUCCAUCAGUCGAAUAUUUGGCAACGGGAAAAGGAAACGGCAGUCAAAUGAAGAAGAAGCAGCAACGGUUGGGGCUAACGCUACACAGGGAGGCGGGGAGAGAAAGAGAGUGCGCGAGAGCGGAAAAGACUCUCCUAGAACCGUUACCGUGGUCUGUGUGGGUGUAAAAUGUGGUUGAAAAAUUCAUAAUUUAUUCAUAUUUAGAGCAGGUGAACGGAGAAGGCCUCCCCUGCGAAAAAUUUGACAAGUCAAUUUCGAUUUUCUUCUAAGUGGAAAACUCAAUUUUGCCUAAUUAACAUUUAACGGAAAUUGACUCUCUGCAUUCGGAAGGCAGAAGAGAAGCGCAUUGCAAGCAGGAUAUUUAGGUUUUGGGGCGAACAUCCCAGUUGAGAUUAUUUACAUGGAAAAUUUGAAAAAAUAUUUUUUACUUAUGUAUGGAAGUAAGGCAGUCAGCUAUCGGACAAUGAUAAAAAUUAAAACUAACUUCAAAGAAAACCACGUGUUGAUUGUAGUAAUGUAAAUAUUUUACAAACCAAGCUAGUUCAUUCAUUAUAUAAUAUUUUUAAAAUGUUUAGAGUACGUGUAGCCUGCUUUAUGGAAUUCAUGGGUUAUCGCUAAUUGUUGCCAUAGGAAAAGUGUCUAAAUUUGUCAAUUAUUUCCGACCCGUGUCAAGAGAUAAGAAUGUGAAACUUUCAAACCGCUGUUAUCAAAAUUUAUUUCUCUGGGGCUGACCAUCGAUGCAAAAGUGCGAUUUUGCCUUAUCGUAUAGAAAUAUUUUUUAAGCGGGAAUCUCUAAAUAUUCAUUUGCGGGGGAUGCGUGUACUUACAUACAUAUGUACUUACCUAUUUCAUUCGAAUGCUCGCCACUGUUCGGCACAAAGGCAGAUACACACACACAUACUUGUUCGCAGGGACACACUCGCCGCUCUCGUACAAGGACGCUUCCGCUUUGCCUCUCGCUUCCACCCGCUCACCUAAGAGAGGGGAGGGCGGAAACGGCGUUAAGUCUCAAAUUUACCGUUAACGCGAGUUUGUAUUUUCACUUGUUUCUGCUUGCGCUCCCUGUGUUUGAGUUUGUGCUUCGCAUUGCUUCUAUUUACCCAAGCGUCGUCUCGCAGCUUCCAGGGCCCCCAACAUCAUAAAUAAAUAAGACAGAAAAUGGUCUCGCUUCAUUCAUAAACCAGAGAGCCCGUAGAGGGUCGCCGAUCAACGAAUAAUUAAAGGGAAUUCGAAACACCCCAAGGAGCAGGAGGCACCUAGCGGCCUAGCAGCAUGCCGGAGGAGAAGGAGGCCAACCUGGAGAACGGCCAGGCGACGGCCGCCUCCACGCCCAGCAAAUCGAAGCCGCAGCGCCAGAAGGCCACCGCCCGCCGGCGACAGAACGACAGCGAUGUGGCCGGCGGCGUGGGAAUCACCGGCGGCGGGGUCGUCAUCCUGCCGCAACACGUGCUCAACGAACUAUACCACAACUACUCCAUCAAGCAGCGCCGCAGCGGUCUCAAGUGGUUCCUCUUCGGGGCAGUGUUGUUUAACAUCUGGACCAUUGUAAUACCUUGGGAUCAGGCGCUGCCCACAAGAGUGGUCAACUGCUGUAUGCUGGUGGCGUAUUUGGCCUUGACAGCUCUGCUUCACAUUGGUCGCCGUUCGGAGCAACCGGCAUUGCGUCGCUUCCACCAAAUACUCCUGACGGUUGUGCCACGAGCACUGUGGUUACUCAGUGUUCUUCAUUUUGCAGCCUAUAUUAUUCUGCAGCCUAGCUUUUCUCCAAGGGAUGUUCUUGGUUGGGCCAUAUUGCUAAACUUCCUGGUUUAUGUGACGCUGCCGUUGCCAUUGAUAUUCCUCGGCUUGGCGAUUGGUUGUUUCACGUAUUUUAUUUGUCUCAGCCUGCCCGUGGGCUACUCCCGUUGGGAUCCCCUGCUCUCCAACCAGCUGGCGGCCAAUGCAGUUUUAAUUGCCACAGCCGCGCUGAUAGGGCUCCUGUACUACUUCAUGGGCGAGGCCAAGCAGAAACGAGCCUUUCUGGAGGCCAAAAAGAGCCUCGAGGUGAAAAUGGUCAUCGAGGAACAGUCGGCCGAGCAGGAGCGUUUACUGUUGUCCGUGCUGCCCAAACACGUCGCCAUCAAGAUGCGGGAGGAUCUGGGCUCAUCCAGCUCGGAGGCUUUCAAAAAGAUUUACAUGAGUCGCCACGAGAAUGUGAGCAUUCUAUACGCGGAUAUCGUCGGUUUCACCGCCAUCUCCUCAACAUAUAGCGCCCAAGAUUUGGUUAAAAUGCUUAACGAGCUCUUCGCACGCUUCGACAGGCUUGCCGAGAAAUAUCAACAAUUGCGCAUCAAGAUUCUCGGCGAUUGCUAUUAUUGCAUUAGCGGGGCCCCCGACGAGCGACCGGAUCACGCCGUCAUGUGCGUGCACAUGGGACUCUCCAUGGUGAAGGCCAUCAAGUAUGUGCAGCAGAAGGCCAACUCACCUGUUGAUAUGCGCGUGGGCAUUCACACGGGAGCAGUGCUCGCCGGCAUUCUCGGCCAGCGCCAGUGGCAGUUUGACGUCUACUCCAAGGACGUGGAGCUGGCCAAUAAAAUGGAAUCGAGCGGCAAGGCCGGCCGUGUUCACAUUUCGGACAAAACGCUGGCGUUCCUGAACGGCGAGUUCGAGGUGGAGCCCGCCUUUGGCGAGAAGCGGGAGGAGCUGUUGCGCAUUGCUGGACUGAAGACCUAUUUCAUCACCAAGGUGGUUAAGCCGUUCGCCUCGCCUUGUGCCAAGAAAAUCAACGAGACCCAAACAGAAAGCUCUCACCACAGUCCCAAUGGAUCGACUAGCGACGUCGUGGCAGGCGAGGAUGAAAACGAUGCCACGUUGGACGACGAGGAGCUCCUGGCCCAGAGUGCUGUUUCCAACGGGCACCAAACAGCGGUGGCCGAGGAUGAAGAAGAACAGGUUAAAUUGGAAAACUUUAAGCAACGAUUAAAGGACGAACUAGUGACCCGCGAUGGACAUGAGAAUCUCACCAAGGACACGAACAUAUUUCUGCGCUUCAAGAACCCUCAGCUGGAGCAGUCGUACGCCGUGUACAGAGAGCCGUACAGCUCCCUUCCGCUCCUGGCGGCUCUGCUGGUGCAGUGCAUCGACGUGCUGUACUCGUAUCUAGUGCUGCCGCGGUCCACGCUCCACUUCAUCAACAUCGCUGCCCCGCUGGUCCCGAUCGCCAUGCUGGUGGUGAUCAGCAUUGCCGAGAGCUUCAGCGGCAUGCUGCCCAAGUUCUUCGUGGACGUGAGCAAGCGCUUCAAUGACAUCACCUUCGUUCGCGAGCUGGCCGCCAUAAUUAUUGCUCUUACCAUUGGCCUCAGCAAUGUCAUCGACAUGUUCUUCUUCGUUACCUUCGUGCGCACCGAGCACAUUGUGAGUGAGAGCGAAUUCAAUGCCACGGCCGGCCUCGAAGGCGAUGUGGACUUGGAGGAGGGGGUCAUCACCGCCGAGCACCUGCUGCCCGCCUCGUUCGUGGAACAGAUGCGCGAGGCAGUGCCCCCGGAACGAGUUCUAUAUCCGUCCUACUUGAGCAACUUUGGAGUACUCAUACUGAUUGCGAUCGCCGUGAUUGCCCAGCUCACGCACCUCACGAAGAUUCUGCUGCUUUUGUCCAUUGCAGCUCUCCACUGCUACUUCAAUAUAUUCAUUAUGCAGGACCUUUACGCUCUAGAGGACGACUUUGCACAUCAACCUAUCAUAUCUACGCGGUAUUGCACUUCAGGACUUUUGCUGGUGGCUGCUUUGGCGUUAAGCACAUUGGCCAGACACAUGGACCAUGAGGACAGGGUUAUUUUCAAGUGGAAGACCGAGGUGGCCGAGCAGAAGGAGACUGCUAACGAUAUGCGGCAGCGCAACGAGGCUUUGGUCUACAACGUCCUGCCGGUUCACGUGGCCGAGCACUUUAUGAAAAACACCAAACGCUCCCACGAUGAUCUCUACUCGCAGAGUUAUGCCGAGGUUGGCGUCUUAUUUGCCAGCAUGCCAAACUUUUCGGAUUUCUACUCCGAAGAGACGGUGAACAAUCAGGGCUUGGAGUGUCUACGCUUUCUAAACGAGGUUAUCUCAGAUUUCGAUGCGUUGUUGGAGCUGCCGCAGUUUCAGGACAUCAUUAAAAUCAAAACCAUUGGCUCCACUUACAUGGCCGCCAGUGGAAUAAACCUGCAGAGGAACCUCCGGAACGACGCCCCCAUCACUGAACGCUGGUCGCACCUUGCGGUUCUGGUGGAGUUCGCCCUGGAACUGAAGCACGCCCUGCAGGGCAUCAACGAGCAGUCGUUCAAUCACUUUGUCCUCAAGAUGGGCAUCAAUCACGGCCCGAUAACGGCGGGCGUCAUUGGAGCCCGAAAGCCGCACUACGACAUCUGGGGCAACACGGUGAACGUGGCUUCGCGCAUGGAGAGCACCGGCAAGGCUGGCGCCAUUCAGGUCACCGAGGAAACAUGCAACAUUCUCCAGCCGUUCGGUUACACAUUCCUGCAGCGCGGCUUGGUGGCUGUCAAAGGAAAGGGUCAGUUGAUGACCUACUAUUUGCAGGGUAAGUCCCAGUCAAGUGCCGAGCCGGUGGCGCCUGCUGCCGUUGAGCUUCAUGGACAGGAAUUAUCCGCUUUGGAAUCCACCACCGAACUGGAGGCCUCCGACAUAAAGACGCCCCUACUGAAGGCGAAAGUCCCGGAGGCGUCGGCUGGCUGUGAGGGAAUCGCCCAGGAGCAGGGAUUGGGGAACGGCACUGCUGGCCAAGCGGGGGCUGCGGAGUCCCAGUCCUUGCUCGAAUAAUUUGCUAACGUGGUUUUAUUUGCUCUAGAGCCUGUGUGAGAGUGUAUCUAUGAGUGAGCGCAGUGUGAAUGCGUUGUUUGGAUGUGUUUGAAUUGAAAACAAAAGUUAACUGUUAUAAUGCUGUUAUACUUGCUAUAAAUUUGGGUUUGCCUCAGUAUUCGUGUGAUAUUCCAUGCCAGAUGCAGCAAUUUAUGAAACAAAAAGCAAAAUUCCAAUUUAGUUAAAUUUAUAAAUUUGCUUUCCAAAAGUUUGUAAACUGUGUACCUAAUAACAAAAAUAUAUUUACCUUUUAAAUAUAUUUGACUACGCCUAAGUAUUUUCAGUUAUUAUGAAUUAGCUUUUGUUUUAAACAAAAUUGUUAUCUCUUUUCCAAGAACUGUAAUAUAUAAGCGAACCACUUUGCUUUACAAACUAAUUGAUGUGUAGUUUAGUAGGUCAACAAAAACAAACAUUUUGCAUCUCAAUGUGUAAAAUAUGAAUAUGCGCAUAAACUACGAAAUACUUAAAAAACGACAAGUCCUAAUAACAUGGUUAUAGAGAGAAUAUUAGUUGAGAAUCCGAAUCCCACCACAAACAAAUGCAACCCACAAGUCAGUCCAAAUAGCAAAAAAAAAAACUAACGAUAAAUAAUUAGUUAACGAAAUUACUUAAAUAUAGACAAUGCAAUAGAGGUCAAGCAGAAUAAUAUAAUAUCCUUGGCAUGCGUUCUUGAACGUCAUAAACCAAUAUAUAUACACCUUCUAAUAUAUAGAAAUAUAUAGCUGUAAACAAACUUAUAAAUGGCAUCGCAUGCUUGUUAGAACAUUUCAACGAAUUAGCAAAGGAACAACAAACGAACUUACUAACAAAACAUUAAACAAAACUUGAACUAAAAUCGGUUUUAUGCGUGUGUCCAUCAGUCUUUACCCAACAUUAAUUUAUCUUUGUUUGAUGGCUAAAAGCGUGACAAUCAAGACAAGGAAAACGGUAUAAAUGAUUGGUUUAGCUUGAAAGAUAUUUCAUUCCUUUUCACUGGUUAACUAAACACUAAUAAAAACCGUUUUAAAAAAUUAAUUUUUAUCCAGGAACUUACGUUUUGUUUUCAUUUGACGAUACCUAUUUUUGUGUUUUUGAGCUAUGACCACAAAAAUGUUUUCCAAGCUUUCCAGGCUUUCCAUGUUUUCUAUCAUUUUAAAAUAGAGUAUAAACAAAAACUGAAAUGUAACUGUAAUUGAAAAACAAAAUACCAAACAAUUAGCAAAAUAUAUUGAAAUAAAUAAACCAUA